CGUCUCCUCAUCAUGUCAGACGGCAGCAGAACUGUGGACGACGUCAAAGCCCUCCAUCAGACCCUCGAAGGCUUCGAUUCACAGCUGACGUCCAAGUUUUAUGACACGUGGGCAGAGACAUACAACCAGGAUAUGAAGCUAAUGAACUACAGAUCACCAAAUCUGGCAGUCAAUAUCCUGGAUGCCAACUUCUCUGGGAAUCGUGAAGAGGCUCGCGUUUUGGACGUGGCCUGUGGGUCUGGACAGGUCGCUAAACUG